AUGGAGCCCCAACCGCCGGUUUCCCUCAGCAAUACUUACACAGCUGUUACCAUGACAUCAGUUGGGGAGAAGGACACUGAAGUCAAGUUCGAGUGCACCUUCGACCUCAGCACGUCUCUAGGCCUGUCCGCUGUCCAGAAGAGCCAGAAGGAAGUGUACAUGUCGUGCAUCAACGGGCUCCAGCAGCUGUUCCCCUCCGAGGUCGGGACGCUAGAGGUCGUUGUUGUGAGUGCGUCAGAUCUGGCUCGGAGGAACAACAGCUUGUUUAAUGCCAGCCCGUAUGUGGUGAUUGCUGUGAACGACUUCAGGCCUGUGACCACCAAAAUCUGCCGCCGCACCCCAACCCCUGCAUGGGAUGAACGUCUGAUCGUACCAAUAACCUCCCGCACCAGGGUUAUUGUCUUCACCAUAAUGGAUCGGAAGAAGGUAGGACAAGACGGCGUCAUGGGCACAGCGAUGGUCAGCCUGGAUGAAGUCCCCUCAGACAAAGAGAAGAAACUGUCACUAGACGUACAGGGAGGAGGCACACUCAACGUCCGGCUGUACCUGAGGAUGCACGGCAAACCAAAGGAGGCCGUCGAAGAGGAUGACAAACUCGUCAAACAGAUCUCCAUCCCGUUCCUAACCCCGGUCUUCAAGGAAGAACUGGGCGCCAUUAAGGAAGAGUUCGCCAACCUCGUUAUUGGAUUCAUGGGAUCUGGACAGAAGUAUGAGCUCAGACCUCCAGCCCGGAUUCAGAGCCAUCCUGAUCUUGCCAUGGAGGAGCUUCCUGCCGAAUGUGUGCCUUUACCGACAGCUGAGAUGUUUUUUCCCAAGAAGUUUGGUCUGAUUAUGGAAAAAACAAUGAACUUUUUCCAAUCCCAGGCUGGGCUGACUAUUCGCCAGAUGGAAAGUAAGGGGAUGUGGAAUCUCUGGAAGGCCUACCUCGGUCGCUACAUGCCAGUCAACGAGAGGCUGAUCAAAGAGUGGCAGACUGACGAAGAGUUUUGUCGGCAAUACCUUCAGGGAACCAACCCGACAAUGCUGACAGUGUGUAAGGACAAGUCUCGGAUACCAGUCGAGAUGCUAGAUCUCAAGGCACAAGGCAAGACCACAUUGCAGCUCAUGGAAGAGAACAGGCUCUUCAUCGUGGACUACGCACCCAUGCUCGCAGCACCCAAAACACCAGGCAAAUGUUUCUACGCGCCUAUAGUGCUAAUGUACACUGAAAAGUUACCAGGCAGAGACGGUCGGCUGAAGAUACUUGGCAUCCAACUCACUAGCGAUAAAACCACGAACGAGGUGUACUCGCCAGAAACGGCCAAAACUCAUCCCAACAAGUACAUGUUCGCCAAGAUGCACGUGAUGGUGGCAGACAGCAAUGUACAUGAGUUCCUGACUCAUCUCGGCUUCACCCAUCUCACCAUGGAGCCGAUCGCAGUAUCCCUGCACACACACCUGCCACCAGACCACCCCAUCCACCGCCUGCUGCUGUCCCACUUCAAGGACACCAUCGGCAUCAACUACCUGGCCCGCCACACUCUUGUAUCUCGUAUCGUUCCACUCAUUGAACAUCUUUAUGCUGCGUCUACGGCUGGAGCGUUCAGGAUGAUCAUCAAUGAAUAUUCCAACUACAGUCUCAUGGAUAUGGCUUUUCCUGAAGAGCUGAAGCGACGUGGCUUUGACGAGUCAGGGUCGGAUGGAUUACAGGACUAUUUCUACCGUGAUGACGGCUUCAAACUGUGGAACAUCUACAAAACAUAUGUGAAUGGGGUAGUGGACAAGAUUUACGUCAAUGAUCAGGCUGUCGCUUCUGAUCAAGCUCUUCAGCGAUUCUGUCAGAUGAUUGAAGGUCCCGGACAGCUUCACGGGUUUCCUCGCGAGAUUUCCACCAAGAGGCUGCUCAUCGACUGCCUGACCAACAUCAUCUUUACAGUGAGUGCGCAGCACUCCGCCAUCAACCUACCCCAAUACGACUACUACUCCUUCAUACCCAACAGGCCGCCUACUUUGUCUCAGUGGAUGCCAGAUGGACCGAACGACAUGUUGGAGUCCACCAUACAUGACGCAUUGCCGUCACCUUCCCUGACUGCCCUACAAAUCGUACUGAUCUACCUUCUAAGUGUACCCAGCGAUAGCCCGCUGAUGGAGCUGGCAGCCAUUCGAGAUUUGUAUCCGGACGUCCACGAUGAGUUCAUCAAAGAAAUCUCCUGCCUGUCAGAGGAGAUCAAGGCUAGAAACAACCAGCUGGAGGCGGAGGGGAAGGUCCCGUAUCCAUAUCUGGACCCUGACAACGUCUCUAUCAGCAUCAAUGCCUAA